AUGACGUCUCCAGAAGGAAACGUAUUUGAGUAUGCUAUCAAGUUCAAGUUCAAAGCGUUUAAUAAUGAAGCAGAGUACGAGGCGACGCUGGCAGGCCUGCGUAUGAGCCUCGCAGCCGGAGCCCGCAAAGUACACCUGCAGACUGAUUCUCAGCUUGUUGCCAACCAACUGCAGGGGGCGUAUGAGAUAAGGGAAGCCACUAUGAUGAAGUAUGUAACCAAAGUGAAAGAGCUGGCAGCCCAGCUAGUCCAUUUCCAGAUAGACUUGGUCCCCAGAGCAGGAAACUCUCAAGCUGACGCCUUAUCUAAGUUAGCCAGCUCCACCUUACAAAGCCUCACAAGAACAGUGAUGGUCGAAGUGUUAGAGGAAAGCAGCAUCGCUGAAAAGGAGCAGGCUAAAAAGGUGAUGAAAGACGCAAAUUGGUAUGUAGUGAUGAAUGGAGAGCUCAACAAGAAAGGCUUCUCAAAGCCGCUGCUGAGGUGUAUUCCAGAAUGGGAGCAGGAGGGCAUUAUGGAAGAAGCCAACUCUAGAAUAUGUGCCAACCAUAUCGGCGGGAAAGCAUUGGGAGUAGAGGUCCUUAGAAGAGGGGCAUAUUGGCCAACUCUCACGCAAGACGCACUAGCAUAUGUCAAAAAAUGCGACAAGUGUCAAAAAUAUUCACCAGUCAUAAAUCAGCCAGCAAACGAUCUGACUCCAAUCCUCAGCCCGAUCUUGUUCGCUCAGUGGGGAAUGGACAUAUUGGGACCAUUCACCACUGGGUCAACGGGCAGGAAGUAUCUCAUUGUGGCAGUAGAUUACUUUACAAAGUGGAUAGAAGCUGAGCCCACCAAGUACAUAAAGGCAACCCAGAAAAAGCUGGAGGAGUACAAGGGCCAAUGGGAAGACUUAGUCCCAGAGGUCUUGUGGGCAAAUAGGACCAUUGAGAAGGAGUCAACCGGUAAAAGUCCUUUCACCCUAGCCUACGGGGUUGAUGCAGUUGUCCCUGUGGAAGUGCAAAUCCCCAGCCUGAGGAUACAGCACUAUGAGCAGCAAGGAAAUGAAAAGCGCGUGCUGGAAGAGCUAGACUUCCUGCCAGAAGUAAGGCUAAAAGCAGCCCUUAAGCUGGCAGCCCAAAAGAGCAGGAUCUCAAAAGCUUUCAACAAAAGGGUCAAGCAUAGGGAGCUCCUGCCAGUUGACUUAGUCCUCAGGAGGACAGCAGUAGUUGGAAGAGGAAAUCAACAUGGAAAGCUGUCAGCAAACUGGGAAGGCCCUUUCAUCAUCCACAAACAGGUUGGACCAGGCGCGUUCCUCCUUGCAGAUCAAGAAGGUCAGGUCUUAAGAAACAGUUUCAAUGCUGAUGUGUUAAAGAAAUAUUUUGUUUAA